GCGACCCAACACCAUCGGCGAAGUUCCUGCAAAGCCCCAGGACUGCCGUUCCAUUGCCGCUUCCGCCAGGGAGAUUGGCCGCUGGCCCGCCUCUGUCGGCGGCCUCUGCACCACUCACCUUCGUGGAGGCCGAGUUUCGCCGCGCGGGCGAUGCCGACGGCCAGGGUGUGGUUGUGCGCCGUGCACUGGUGGACACGGGCUCAUCUGACUGCGAGCUGCGGGAGGCCAUGUUUCGCAAGAUCCACCCGUUGCCGGUCAUCCAGGAAGGGGUGGUCUACGAAACAGCAACCGGUGUCGAGGCCUUCGAUGUCUUCGAAGUGCAGAUCACAGUUCAAGGCAGAUCCUGCGUU